AUGGCCAAAUCAACGGGGCAGAAGAGGCGCAGGGAGGCGGAAGCCGAUCUCGAGCAGAAAGGCACCGCUACGAAAACCCAGGAUGGCCCGCCGUCGAAGAAGAGCCGAGUCGAGGAGCGGAGGUCCCUCUUCGUGAGGUCUCUUCCGCCCUCGGCGACGGCUGAGUCCCUGACCGACUACUUUUCACAACACUAUCCUGUGAAGCACGCCACUGUCGUUGUCGAUCCGAAGACGAAAGAAUCCCGUGGUUAUGGAUUCGUCACGUUUACCGAUGCCGACGAUGCCGUCGAAGCCAAGCAGAAGCUCAACAACGAACUGUUCGGCGGCCGCCGCAUGAAGCUUGAAGUUGCCGAACCGCGACACCGUGCGGGAGGUGACAGCGCUGCGAAGUCUCACAUUGCAGAGGAGAAGAAGAAGCGGGAGGAAGAGAUGGCCGAGGCCAAGAAGGCUCCAAAGCUCAUCAUUCGAAAUUUGCCCUGGAGCAUCAAGAGCUCGGAACAGCUCGCCAAGACCUUCGCCAAAUAUGGAAAGAUUAAGUUCUCUGACCUGCCAAACAACAAGGGGAAGCUCAAGGGUUUUGGCUUUGUCACCUUCCGUUCGAAGAAGCAUGCGGAACGUGCAAUGGAGGAGAUGAACGGCAAGGAUGUCGACGGGAGAACCAUUGCUGUGGACUGGGCGGUCUCGAAAGAUGAGUGGCAACAACAACAGGGUCUGGAGCAGGAAGAUGAGGGCAAGGACGAACCAAAGCCUAAGGACGAACCAAAGCCUAAGUCCAAGAAGUCCAAGAAGGAAAAGGCCGACGCAGACGACGAUGAGGACGAGGAGAUGAAAGACUUGAACGAGGAGGACCGUGAUCUUGCCAUGUUCAUGAAGAAGAUGGAAGAGUUCGAUUCCGAGGACAAAGAAGACGACGACGAAGAAGAGGAUGAGGAAAGCGGAGCAGACCUCGACAAGGACGAUGACAGCGAAGACGAAGAGGGCGAGGAUGUCUCGAGCGACGCAGAAGAAUCAGAAGAGGAGGUAGAGGAGAAGCCCAAACGCCUCACGGACAACUCCACAACUGUUUUCAUCCGCAAUCUUCCUUUUACGGCCACAGAUGAAUCCUUGAAAGAGCACUUCACGCAAUUCGGCCCCAUCAGGUACGCCAGGAUCGUGAAAGACCGAGCGACGGAGCGACCCGCUGGCACUGGCUUUGUGUGUUUCAUCAAGGAGGAUGACUUCAAGGCUUGUUUGAGGAAUGCCCCACGGCAAAAACAAACCGUCAAAACCGCUAGGCACUCGGUACUUCAAGACGAGACUGUCGACACGGACGGUCGCUACACCAUCGACGGACGUGUCCUAUCGGUGGCUGCUGCGGUGAGCAAAGAAGAAUCGGCACGGCUUACCGAGGCAGGCCCUGCGGCCCGCAAGGGACAAGAGAAGGACAAGCGACGUCUAUACCUCCUCUCCGAAGGCACAAUCCCGAGUGGCUCUCCUCUCUACAAGCUACUCUCCCCGACGGAGGUCAAGCUCCGCGAGCAGAGUUUGCAGCAGCGGAAGAAGCAAGUGCAGAGCAAUCCCAGCUUGCAUUUGAGUAUGACGCGGUUGGCAGUCCGCAACUUGCCCAGGAACAUGUCCUCUAAGGAACUGAAGCAACUGGCCCGACAAGCCAUUGUUGGUUUUUCUGCGGACCUCAAGGCAGGCAAACGCACACCACUUUCCAAGGAGGAACUUUCUCGAGGAGGAGCUGAGGACCGGGAGGCCGAGCACCGCCGCAAGGAGAAGGGUGUGGGUGUCGUCAAGCAGGCAAAGGUCGUCUUCGAGACCAGGGACGGCAAGAAGGUGGAUGAGUCCACCGGUGCAGGUCUGAGCAGGGGCUACGGUUUCAUCGAGUACUCCAGCCACAGGUGGGCGCUCAUGGGCCUCCGCUGGCUCAACGGUCAUGCACUCAAGAACGAGGCAGGCCGGACGGUGCGGCUGAUUGUGGAGUUUGCGAUCGAAAAUGCGCAGGUGGUGAGCCGGAGGAAGGCGAACGAGGUGAGGGCGAGGACGAAGCGGGCCGAGGUGCAGGAAAAGGGUGAGCAGGACAAGAAGCAAGGACGCAAGGACGUCAAGGGCAAGAACGCCAAGGGCAAGAACGUCAAGGGCAAGGCUGGCAAGGCUGGCAAGGCGGAGGCUGAGGCUGAGGAGGUCGAGGAUGAGCGCGACGCGUCCACGAAGAAGGACGCCAAGGAAAAGCUGGCGCAGAGGCAGAGGAUUAUCGGGCGGAAGAGGAUGGCUCGCAAGACCAAGAAGCAGGGUCGCAAGGGCUAG